AUGGUCUCCAGAAUGAAGUUUCACCCUCACUCACUGCGUCAUCUGGUCCUCCUGGCCGCCUGCGGAAUUCUGAUCUCAGUGAGAGAGUCAGGCGCCGUCUUUGUACCAGGAAGGUGUCUGUGCCCCAGGACUCAAGCACAGAUCACAGCCAGGCCACUGGACUUCACAGUCUAUCCCACAAGUCCACACUGUGACAGAGUUACUGUGAUUGUGACACUGAAGAGAAACAACGAGCUAGUUUGUCUGGAUCCAGAGUCACGGCUGGGAGCACACCUGGUGCACUGCUGGAACAGGGCUCAUCGUCUGGCCCGCAAUCCACAGAACUGUCUGAGGAGGAGGAGGAGGAAGGGGAGGGGGAGGAAGGGUCCGCAUCAGCGUUCUCUCCAGAGGUCCCUCGGCCACCGCCGGAAGGCCACCAAAGCCAACUAGCCAACUUCAUAGAGUCAUUGUUACGAAGCUACUGCAGCUGUCGAUCACUUUUUCUGUGGAAAUGUUGAAGAACAAUGAGAUUAUUGUGUCACUGGCUGAUAAAUGUAAGUCUGAGCCCUGGAGGCUUGGAGCACUAUUGAAGCUUCAAACAGGUGUAUGACAUUUGUACGGUUAUUUAUUGUUUUCUACUUGGAAAAAAAAGGUCUUUUACUAAAUAAACUGCAUCAA